GAUCAGCUCUGCUGCGAGAGUUCCUGUGAUCCCACUAUCUUCACCCGUGUCAUCCUCCUGUUUGGGAGUUCUGCAAUUGUUCGACUUGCCACCAACUCAUCUCAAUCUGCUACAGCUGCCUCUGUUCCUUGCCGUGGAAGCAAUCUACUAGUCUUCUUCAAGACCGAGAAGACGUGUUGGGCUUUCUUUGCUUUGACGCUGCUUCCUCCGUAAUAUAUGUAUCUGAAGCUGGUGGUUCGAUUCAGAACACCGAUAGGGGAAGAGCAUGUGUUGCGAUGGUGAGUGCAGGCCUCUCGGGUGGCUGUUGGGCCUUCCCUUCGCCUUCCUCUCCCUCCUCGUCUCCGUCGUCGGCGUCGCCGUUUGGAUCGUCGGGUUGCUGCUGUCUUGCAUCUGCCCUUGCUGUCUGUGCGUGACGGUGCUGGUGGAGGUGGCCAUUGAGCUCGUCAAGGCCCCUCUCCAUGUCAUGGAGUGGUUCACCUCGCAGAUCCCCUGUUAGCGACAUCCUGCUUUCAUCUAUCUUUCUUUCUUUCUUUCUUUCCCCUGUUUUCCUGUUCUCGAGUUGCCAUUGGAAGACUGUGGUGUGUGAAUGAGUGACGCUGCUGUAGAUUUCUUGCUAUUCAUCUCUCUUCUCUCGUUUAGCUUGUAAUAAAUCUGUGACACAAACAAAAGCUUCCCUCAGUAUCUGAGCUGAUCAAUCACCCGAGGAGAACACCAAGCGAAUAAUGGCUCGACACAUCCAAAAGCAAGAGAUCAGGCACAACUGGCAGCAACGAAGUGUGAUCCACAUCAUAAAGUAGCCAAAGAAUCUACUUUCUUUGAUGGAGUUGAUGCUUUUCUCCAAAAAGAAAUAAGUUGAUGUUUCAUCUUUCAUAGGUAGAGCCAACUGAUCGAACUCGAGUCCUUAGGAAUUGAUCACAGACAACUCCUCCUCGACUUCCUUCUGCGUUCUUCUUCCUUGUUGGAUGACACCUCUCUCUCCGGAAUGGGUCACAUGUGGGUGGGGCUCCUCAUCAUGAUGCCAUGGUUGAGGAAGAUGCCAGUUGCAGGAAAAGCGGCACCUUCCCACAUGCAGCUGGCCAAGAGCAAGCUGCUGCCCUUCGUGUCCCACCGGACUUAUCCUCCUCACAUCUCAAUGAUUCAGCAAAGCAAUCAUUCAGCCGCUUUAUACUGCGCGCCGCCUGGCAUCUCACUUACAUCUACCAUAUCGGACAUGGAUUUGCUUGAUAUAUUUCUUCAUCAUUGAAUCCAGAAGCUGGCACUAAGAAAUAUAAAGCAUGGUUCAUUGAUCAGGUGUUUGUGGUCUUCCUCCCGCGAGCAGAGUGUUGGAGAUCCUGCAAAGAAGGAUGUAGAGUAUAGCUCAAUUUGAUUCUGCUUUGACCCUUACUGCAAACCACGUUAGUCCGACAAUGGACCUCACUUCGUAGCUUCUCCUGCAGCAGUUGAGAGAGAGAGAGAGAAGACACGAAGCUUAUUAUAAGAGGCAGUAAGCCGUAGCACAAUUUUGCUCACCAACUCCAGCGCUAAGAAUGAGGCUCUCAAUCUUCUUCUUCUUCCUUCUCCUUUUCCCUUGCUUCCACCUCUCCGGCUCUCAGAGCUACAACGCAAUAUUUAGCUUCGGUGACUCGCUCUCCGACACCGGCAACGUCGUCGUCGCCGGGCUGCCUUACGGCAUGAGCUUCUUCGGCCGGCCCACCGGCCGUUGCUCCAACGGACGCCUAGUCAUAGAUUUCAUCGCCGAGGCACUUGGGCUGCCGCUGCUUCCACCAUCCACCGCGAAGGGCAAAAGCUUCCUUAAAGGCGCCAACUUUGCUUACACUGCCGCCACCACACUCGGCUUCCGCUUCUUCCACCGGCUAGGACUCAGCAGCGGUCUAUGGGUCAACGCCUCCCUGAGCACCCAAAUAAGGUCGUUCGAGAAGAUGAUGCCUUCUCUCUGCAACUCUUCUCAAGAAUGCAAGGAGUACUUGACCAAAUCCCUCUUCGUGGUCGGAGAGUUUGGUGGGAACGACUAUAACACUCCCAUCUUUGCCGGCAGGAGCUUGAAACAAGUCUAUACUUUCGUGCCCAAAGUCAUCCACGCAAUCCAUUCCGGUGUUGAGAGGUUGAUCGGCCAUGGGGCGACUGAGAUCGUGGUGCCGGGAAUGCUACCGAUCGGGUGCUUCCCCAUGUUCUUAACAUUGUACAGUACAUCGAACACAAACGAUUACACCGACAUCGGAUGCUUGAACAAGUUCAAUGACUUGACAUCCUACCACAACUCUUUGCUGCGCCGGCGACUGCGCGGGCUGCAGCGGAGGUACUCAUGGACGAGGAUCAGAUACGCCGACUUCUUCGACCCCACGAUUCAGUUCAUUACCAGUCCGACACAGUACGGAUUCAGUGAUGGCGGAGCUCUAAAGGCGUGCUGCGGGGCAGGUGGGAGAGGAGACUAUAAUGUGAAUCUGGAGGCCAAGUGUGCCGAGCCAGGCUCGGAUGUGUGCUCAGAUCCAUCGAUGUAUGUGAGCUGGGAUGGGAUUCACUUGACUGAAGCGGCUUAUCGCCUCAUAGCCAAUGGUUGGCUCAAAGGUCCCUAUGCAAAUCCACCAAUCCUGCAACAAAACUAGAUCUACUGUGGUGCAUGUUAUUGGCCACAGUUCCACCACCAAAUCCAAGUCAAUAGCUUAGCUUUUGGAUCCAUGUGUUCUUUCGAUGUCUGUGUAUCAUCCAUUCAAUGGUUACUAAUAAGUGUGUUCUUUUGCAUUCUUAUA